AACGAGGGGGCGGUCCCGCUGGGCAGCAGCCACAGGAUUCCUGUCAGGAGCGGCGGCGGCGGCGGCGGCGGCGGCUGGAGUGGCGCCCGCGGAGCCGCUUCUUCGUCCGCCCCCGCAGCGCGGCCCCGGAGCGGCGAUGCCCUCGGACUUCAUCUCUCUGCUCAGCGCCGACCUCGACCUCGAGUCGCCCAAGUCCCUCUACUCCAAGGAAUCAGUCUAUGAUCUCCUCCCUAAAGAGCUGCAGCUGCCACCUUCCAGGGAACUCUCAGUAGCAUCCAUGAGUCAAACCAGUGGGGGCGAAGUGGGUUCGCCCCCUCCGGGCGUAGUUGCUGCUGAUGCUUCUUCAGCUCCCUCUUCCUCCGUGGGCGGUGCUUGCAGCUCCUUUACCACCUCUUCCGGCCCCACCAUUUACUCUACCUCAGUCACUGACAGCAAAGCUAUGCAAGUGGAGGGCUGCUCCUCAGCCAUGGGGGUAAGUAACCGUGGGGUAAGUGACAAGCAGUUAACCAAUAACACAGUCCAGCAGCAGCAGCAGCUACAGUCCACCCCGAAGAGGCACACAGUCCUGUACAUCUCACCACCACCAGAGGAUUUGCUGGACAACAGCCGGAUGUCCUGCCAGGAUGAGGGGUGCGGAUUGGAGUCUGAGCAAAGCUGCAGUAUGUGGAUGGAAGACUCCCCCUCUAACUUCAGUAACAUGAGUACCAGUUCCUACAAUGAUAACACUGAGGUGCCACGUAAAUCUCGUAAACGAAAUCCAAAGCAGAGGCCAGGGAUCAAACCGAGAGAUUGUGAAGAAUCGACCAUGGAUAUCUUUGAUGCUGACAGUGCCAAAGCGCCUCAUUAUGUCCUUUCUCAACUCGGCACGGAGAGCAAAAGCAACUUGAAAGCAGGAAAUGGAACCCCAGAAGUCCCCAAGGCGACUGGAGGGAAGAAGAGCCCUAUGUUGUGUGGUCAGUACCUGAGUAAAAGUGAAGGCAAAGAGCUGAAGAUCCUGGUACAGCCGGAGACUCAACACAGAGCUCGCUACCUCACCGAGGGCAGCCGAGGCUCCGUGAAAGACAGAACCCAGCAGGGAUUCCCCACGGUCAAGGUGGAAGGUCACAACGAUCCAGUGACGUUACAGAUAUUUGUGGGUAAUGACUCUGGCCGGGUGAAGCCCCAUGGAUUCUAUCAAGCCUGCAGGGUCACAGGCCGGAACACCACGCCCUGCAAAGAGGUGGACAUCGAGGGCACAACUGUCAUCGAAGUGAGCCUGGACCCAAGUAACAGCAUGACCCUGGCGGUGGACUGUGUUGGAAUUCUGAAGUUGAGGAAUGCAGACGUCGAAGCCCGAAUAGGCAUUGCUGGUUCUAAGAAAAAAAGCACCCGAGCCAGACUGGUUUUCCGUGUCAGCAUCCCUCGGAAAGAUGGAUCUGUUCUAACGCUGCAGACUCCGUCCUCGCCCAUUCUGUGCACUCAACCUGCAGGUGUGCCGGAGAUCCUCAAGAAAAGCCUGCAUAGCUGUUCAGUUAAAGGAGAAGAGGAGGUCUUUUUGAUUGGGAAGAAUUUUCUGAAGGGAACCAAAGUGAUCUUCCAAGAGAACAUCUCUGAUGAAAGCUCCUGGAAAGCCGAGGCAGAAAUUGACAUGGAGCUGUUUCAUCAGAAUCAUCUAAUUGUGAAGGUGCCACCUUAUCAUGACCAGCAAAUAACUACACCUGUUUCUGUUGGGAUUUUUGUCAUGACCAAUGCUGGGAGAUCACAUGACAUACAACAAUUUACAUACACUCCAGAUACACCAGCUCAGACUCUGAAUGUGAAUGUGAAGCAGGAAAUAUCCAGCCCAACCCAGCCCUGCUCUUUUGUUGAUGCAGCCAAAGCGAACUCCAGUGGCUGCAAGCUGGACCAAGUCAAUCUUCUCCCCAGUGCCUUGGUACCUCCUCUCGGGCCAAACAGUAUCGUUAAGAAUGAAGAGGCUGCGCCAAUGGAACUUGUGGCCGAGAAAAGGUCUCUUCCUGCCUUUAAUACAACCAGCGCCAUUGGGCCAUCUCAGACCACUCUGGAGACCACCGUAUCCAGCCUCUUGGGGAAUGGCACUUUCUCCCCUCCUGCUUCUCAUUUAGCUCCAGAGAGUGAAAAGCAGCCCCUGCCACCCAAGUAUCCUCCUGAGGCCAGGCCUUCCCUUCAGGUUCCAGACCUGGUGCAGCCUGGCAGCUUCCCAGCCGCCUCUGCUCCCAGCCAGCUGCAGAACAGCGACACCCUCCUGCAGCAGGCCUCCCAGUUCUCCUUGAGGGAGCCGUCCUCCAGAGAGGCUUUGCAGUCAGACAACACAGCCAUGGCUUUGUCCCAGCUAACGGACACCCCCCAGCAGCCCCCUUGCCUUCAGGAGUCCAGCCAGGCCCUGCAGCAGCAGAUCUCCUCAAGCAUGUUCUCCUCGGCCGGCGGGGUGAGCCAGCUUCAGAGCACAAUCCAGCAGCUGCAGGCAGGGAGUUUUCAGUCCAGCCCCGGCGGCGGCGGCAGCAGCAACAGAAACAUGGACCUGGUCCAGCAAGUCCUGGAAGCUCAGCAGCAGCUGUCCUCUGUCCUCUUUUCAGGCUCCGAGGGGAGUGAGGAGGUCCAAGAGCAGCUCAAUGUAGACCUUUUCCAGCAGGUGAGCCAGAUCCAGAAUGGCGUCAACCAGGGCAUGUUUUCUUCCUCGGACUCCAUUCACUCAAGGGCAGAAGACCUUCUCCCCAGCCGAACCGAGACCCUGUGCCCACAGCCGGAGACUUCGAUGGCUGGACAGCAGCAGGCACAAGCGAUGGAGACGUCUGCUGCCAUGGUGAUUGACAUGCAGCAAGGCCUUUGCCAGGCCCCCAGCCACAUGCCCUCCGACUUGUUCGCCUCCUCUUCCUCCUCCUCCUCCUCCUCCUCCUCCUCCUCAGGAAAUGGAAGCAUCCAGCAGUCCCCAGUGUACCCGCCAGCUUCCCAUUUGAUAGGUGGGCUGUCGGCAAGUGAAGACAUGCAAAUGCAGUGUGAGCUGUUCUCUCCCAGCAGUGUCUCAAGCAACGAUACGGGUGCUACAGGGCAGCAGCAGCAGCAACAGCAGCAGCAGCAGCAGGAGCAGGUGCCCACCGGCAGCCCUGCCAUGUUCCCUGCUUCGGGCUCUGUGGACAGCAAAGAAGCUUCAGGACAAGCCAAGCAGAUGCAGAGCACUGUCUUUCAGGCGAUGGUCCAAAUGCAACACGGUGGGGACAGCCAGGCCCAGGUUGCUCUCUUCCCUUCCUCGGAGGACAUGAUAGCUGCCGUCCAAGGCACCGCAGCCCAGCAGCAGGGACUCUUCCAGCAGAGUGGGGAGAUGCUCUCUCUCCAGGCGGGCCCUUUCUUGCCCCCGGCUGCCCACUCCCAGCCUCAGCUGUUCCACUCUCAGAGCCCCAUUGGGGACACCCAGAGCAUCUCUCAGGAGGCCCCCAGUUCUCUGUUCCACAGCCAGAAUUCAGCCGCUUCUUCUGAGCAGCUGCAGCAGCAGCAGCCCAUGUUUCACUCCCAGGGCAGCCUAGGAGUUGUUCCGGACCAGCAGGCGGGCAGCCUGUUUCUCUCCCAGAAUGCUUUGGGCUCCUCCGUUGUGCAGGAGGAGCAGAUGCCCUUCUUCGCUACCCAGAGCUCUCUUUCUCCCUUGCAAGGCCCGGCCAGGACUGAACAGCAACCCUCCUUCCAGCAGCCCCACCUCCAAGGCCCUCUGCUCACCCAGGAGCAGCACCAGUCGACACAUCAGGGCCUCUUCCAGGCCCAAGUAACUCUGGGCCCCCUCCCUCCCUCUGGGGUGCCUCCCAACCAACAGGGGGGCAUUUUCCAAGCUCAGCAUUCACUUGUGGCUCUUCAAAAUAGUGCCUCCACCCAAGAACAGCAGCAGCAGCAGCAGCAGCAGCAGCAGCAGCAGCAGCAGCAAAAUAUGCAGUUCAGCAGUCAGAACGCCUUGGGGUCUGUGGCCUCUCAGAAGCCAACGCUGCUGUUCAGCUCCAGUCCCAGCACGAUGACCAGCCAGGAGCAGCAGCAGAGCCAGCCUCUCUUCCACCCCCAGAGGAGCCAAGAGCAGCAGCCCAUGCAGUUCCAGAGCCAGAGUUCAGGCUCCACUCAAGCUGAGCCACCACAGCCACCCCCAAGCUUAUUCCAUGGCUCCCCCCAGAUCCAGCUGGUCCAGGGAUCCCCCAGCCCUCAGGAGCAGCCAGUCACCCUCUUCAUAUCAUCGGCUUCCAUGUCUGCCUUGCAGAGUAACAUGAGCCAGCAGGAGUUGCAGCAACCCCCCCUGUACUCCCCACAGAGCAACCUGCCAAAUAUCCAGGACUCUCCGUCGCCCCCCCAGCAGCAGCAGCAGCAGCAGGCAGCCUCUUUGUUCCACAGUGUAUCUGCUGGAAGCUCCAUCAACCAGCUGCAGAACUCCUCCACCUCAUCCCCACAGACCUCUGGGAUGUUCCUCUUUGGCAUCCAAGACACAGGUUGUGGGCAGCUGUUAACAUCUGGACCAGGUUCCGUAUCAGAGCAGAUGAUGACCCUCAGCCAAGCACAGAAUGAGGCACAGCCGUCCGUCACGGCUCUCCUGUCCCAGCAAAUGUCAGAGAGUCCUCAGAUUUCUUCUGCGCUGACCACCGAUCAGAAUAUAAAGAAGAUUGAUGACUUGCUUGUAUCCCUACAAAAUCAGGGGAACAAUACCAUGGCUGGCUCCUUCUAACAAGUGAGAAAUCGUGCACUGGACAGACUGCAUUAGCUCUGGUGAUUCUGGAGUUAACUCUUCCCUGUUGAAAGAUGGCCUAAAGCAACACCACCCUGGAAGUUCUGCUGAAGUGGGGGGCAAAGCCAGGUUUUGGGUUAGCCAGGCGUGGGCUGGACUGUUAUCCCCAUCCCCAGUUCUGUGGGGGAUGCGGAGUGUGGCUGUCACCUGUCAGCAAAAGGCAAGAACGCUGGGCUCGCUCUCUCCCUCUCCCGUUCUUUUUCUGGUUUUUACGAUUCUUCGGGCGCAUUUCCUGUGUCCUCAAUCAUUUGAUGGCUUCCCAUGAUUUGUGGCUACGUAUGGGAAUGGUUUCCAUUGGAAAAAGUGGCUCGAGCUGCCUGGCAGAAGUCUUCUGUGUACGCUGUGAAUCCCACCCAGGAUCAUGGCUCGAUGCUGCACGUGUCGGGUGAUGAAUGAGCACACCUGGAUUGGGCUCAGAAGCAGCAGCUGGUGUCCCAUCCGAGUGGUGGGAGAGGUUUGAGGGGCGCCAGGGGGGCCUUGUGGAGAGGACAGCCUCGGAUCAGGGCUGUGGCUUGCUGAGAGCUGGGCGCAAGUGCUCCGCUCUUCCCCCUUCUCAGAAGAACCAGUUGCUGCUCGAGGGAACCGGGCUCUUUUGGGAGUCUGCUGUGAUCAAACGGUGGCUGGCUCUUCUUAAAGCUCCUCACUGGAGUUUCCCACCCUCCUAUUUAAAUAUUCUGCCAUGUACAGAAUUAAUAUUUCGGAGGACCAGAAAAGCAGAAAAAAAUGUUUUGUGAUGAAUGCACAGCAAGAUUUAGGGAAGGAAGAGUAGAGUUUAGGUUGCUUUUGACACCAUUGCUAUUGUUGGGGACACGGGGCCUUCUCUAAGCUCCCCUUUGAACUCCAAGGCACGGGAGCAGCUUGGCUCCUGCCACAGGCGUUGGAUAGAAGGCCAGCGCGGUCCUAGCAGACUCUCCUGGGGUUCACCUCCUGCAGCCGCCCCCGCAUCUCUUGCGCAUCCACCCCUGCGUGCAGCCUCUGCCACUCCAGAGGGUCCCUGGGCAGCUCUUGCGGAGCUCCAGGGCUGCUGGGGGGACGUCUCGGCUGCUUGUCUUCUGUGUUGGGAAGGGUGUCCCUUGUCUCCCUCGUGCGCCCCUGG